GUGGCUGGGCAGUGAUGGGCCCUGUGCAGGUGAUGGUGAACCAGGGCAGCUCACAGGCAGUAUCCUGCAGCUACGAGCCAGGCUACAAGCUCUACUCCAAGUUCUGGUGCCACAGGGGCUUCCUCGGGUUUUGCACCUGCAUCAUCCAAACCGAUGGCUCAGAGGUGACAGUGACACAGGACAGGGUGUCCAUCAGGGACAACCACGUAUCACACUUGUUCACGGUGGCUCUGGAUGGUGCCAUGUUGGAGGAUGUAGGCUGGUACUCCUGUGGGGUGAGGAGGAAGCUGUGGUUCAGCCUGCAGCACACCACCAGGGUGAUGGUCUCCACAGCUGAUUCAUCCACAACCAAAGGCAGCGAUGUGAGCCCGCUGGCCACCACGGGCUUUGGGGAGCCUUCAGUGCUGAGUCAGGGCUCAGAGUCCCAGCUCAGCAUCAUCUUCCUGCUGCUCAUCCCUGGUGUGAAGGUGGCCGUGGCGCUGCUCCUGGUGUGUGUGUGGCUGCCUGGGUACCAGCAGUGGGUCCAAGUGUGA